UCAUGGCCGACGACUACAGGCGACAAGGUUUCGAGUUGGAGAGAAGGAUAUUUGAGUUAGACAUUAAGUGUUCUAGUCUCAGAGCCGAAAAACAAGAUGAUGACUAUUUACAGAAUGCGUCUGCCAUACUAGACAAGUUGAAAAGCUAUUACAGACAAGGAGGAGAGAGUAGCAACCUUUCCAAGCUGCUUCAGGAUUACACACAGGUGAUACUAGACAUCACAUUUUAUGAAGAGAAUAAACUAGUGGACCAGGAGUUCCCUGAGGACUGUUCCCCAUUUAAAAUCCAGCAGUUGCUGCAAGAUCUUACUGAGCCAGAAGUUAUGGCAGGGAGACUAGCACCAGCCCAAGAGGUGCAGUCUGUGUUGGGCCUGGAGCUGUUAGAGUGUCUGUACUGGAGACGUGGAGCUCUUCUGUACAUGUACUGUCACACUCUUCAUCAACGAAAACAAUGGAUCAAGAAGAACAAGGAUACAUUCCUUAAGUGUAUUCAGGAAGGUGUGCGCUACCUGAUGCGGAUGCUGCAGGUGAGAAACUCUGUGAAGCUCAAUGAUGGAGUGGUGCUCCAUGACCCUGCUACUGCAAGCUUCCUAUCUGAAGGCAUCUUCUCAGACACACACUUACUGACGAUGAUGUACAUCGGGGAAAUGUGCUUCUGGGCAGUUAAGUACGAGGACUGCAGUGCCGACACUAUGGAACGUAAAGAAGAUCGCCUCCAGUUUCGGGACAUUGGCACACAGAUCCUCAACAAAUACGUGCUUGCCUGUGAGGGCCCUCUCCAGGGUCAGGGCUGGAACACAGAGAAUGCCAAGGAAAUCCUUAGUAUUUUACAGUGAACCAUGCUGCUUCUGUGUUGAAGUUGCCCUCAGGCACAGAUCUAAGAUCAGUAUUCAGUGUGUGUCAACCCCAAAUAAAAAAGGAACCCAUCAGGUGGGGUGUUAUGUUGUGGAAGGCUAAGAAGAGGCACGUGGGGGAGAAAAUGUAUUUAAGGAAAGAAGUCUUUCGAUCAGUGUCUACAGGCAACCUCAUCCCAUGCCAAAUGGCCCUGGCCAAAGCAGAUGAAAGAGGGGUUUUAAAGUAUAAGAUAGGUGGUGUAAAACUGGCAGGGGCUGCAGAUGAGGCUGUCAAAUAAUUUGUUUGCCCUGUUCUGCUGAAAAAGCAGUUAUCAUCCUAAAUCCAGACUGUUGACUGGGGCACUUGUUUUGCUCUGAGAAUGUGUUAUAAUAACAUUAAUAUUAAUAUAAAAGGUUAUUAAUAAAGAUACCUUUUUCUUUUUUUCUUUUUUAAGAUUGUUACAAGUUUAAAGAUAAUCCAGCUGGAAAUGAAACAUUGCACAGUAACAUUAUUUAUUGUUUUGUUGCCAUUUUGUUAUGCUUUUAAUAUAUUAUAAUUGCAUAUACAUUAUAUACAGUAUGUAUGUGGGUAUAAAAAAAUAUACACACACAAGGCAAAGAAAGUUGUUUGAGAUUGACAAUGAUGUAUUCAUGACCUUUUGAAGUAUGUUCAGAUUUGUUCAUACCAGCUUUGUAAUGGCCACUUGUAUUCCCAUAUGUUGCAACUUCCAUUUUUUUUCUGCCACUUGAAUAACUUCAAUAGUAUAACUAUUAAUAGAGAGUCUGUGUUUGGACAAAAAUCAUUUUCUGUUUUUUAUGUCCUCGUUGACAAUAAACACGCGCGUUGU